AGGAAUAUGACAGUGCUGGGAUUCUGCACUCUAAUAAACCCCAGCAGGAUCAUCUACGGGUGCACAGUGUAUAUUAAGGCAGUGUGUGAUAGGAGAAAGCCUGCAACAGAUACCCAGUCCUACAGACCUUGGCUGUCCCCUGCAAGGAGCCUGGAGAGGGGGGGACACUGAGAGACCCUAUUACUGCUGGAUUGUGUAGAAGCUGCUGAACAAGACCCUCAUCCCUCCAACCUGAACCUGAGCUUCAUCCAUCCCAGAUCAACCUGCCUACCCGGACCUUUGGUCCGUGGCUGUGUUACUCUUGACUGGAGAAGAUGGGGAACGAUGGAGCAAGGGGUGCCCUUGGUCCACUACAGGCCGGAGUACACCUCAUCGUUCUUCUUUGUACACUCAGACACUCGAAAUGCUUGGCUGAAGUGGCCACCAGCCAGACUCCAGGGACACACCUUUCCACCAGAGAUGGGGCUAAUAUGACAGGAUCUGGGAUCAGGCACCAGCCUCUAGUUUUUAAUCAUGUCUACAAUUUCAAUGUUCCCCUGGGAUUUCCAUGUGCAAUGGAACCAGAGUCACCAGAAGAAGCAAGUUGGGUGUCCCAACAGACAGAGAAUACGCCAGAAGCUGGGAGCCAGAUUACCUUUACCCACAGCAUUCGUGUCCCACAGAGGUUAUGUCAAUGUUACAUGGCUCCGCAGUCUGUGCAGCACCUCCUUAGCAGGAUUGAAGCCCUGGAAAGGGAGGUGAUGUUACUCCGGGAGCGUUGCAAUGAGAGAGGAUGUCAAGAUGCAGAGGCCACAGGUCUCACAGAGUUUGCACCUCCUUGCAGUGGACAUGGAAACUUCAGUCUGGACUCUUGCGUUUGCAGCCAAGGUUGGGGAGGUGAAAACUGUUCCGAACCUCUGUGCCCCCUCGGCUGUUCUGGAAGAGGUACCUGCAUAGAGGGCAUCUGUGUUUGUGAACCGGAUUACACAGGGGAUUGGUGCACAGAUCUGCUAUGCCCUGAGGAAUGCAGCCCACAUGGGCACUGUCAAGAUGGCCAAUGUGUUUGCCAAGAACCAUACACUGGUAUCGGUUGUACAGAGCUCCGCUGUCCAGGUGACUGUUUGGGAAAAGGACGUUGUGCCAAUGGGACCUGCGUAUGCCAAGAUGGUUAUGCCGGAGAGGACUGCGGACGCAUGUGGUGUGUGAAUGCCUGCAGUGGGCGAGGGCAAUGCCAGGAUGGUGUCUGUGAGUGCGAGGAGGGUUACAGUGGGCAGGAUUGUUCUGAAGUGGCCCCACCAGUGGAUUUCAGUGUAACGGCUGUGGGAGACCACUGGAUAGACUUGGUAUGGGAAGGAACGUCGGCCGUGACAGAGUAUGUCAUCUCAUACCAGCCGGCAGUGCCAGGAGAGUGGGGUCCACAACAGAAGCUGCAGCAAAGGGUACCUGGAGAUUGGAGUGCCGUCACCAUAAGAGAACUGGAGCCGGGUACAACGUACAAUAUAAGUGUAUGCACCGUUAUUAGUGAUGUCACCAGCGAGCCGGCCAGUAUCACCACAUCCACCCAUAUCUCCCCACCGAGAGGACUUCAAUUUAAAAAUGUGACUCAAACCUCUGUGGAGGUGCAGUGGGAACCCCCUCAGUUUCCUAUUGACGGCUGGGAGAUAAGUUUCACCCCUAAGAAUAAUGAGGGAGGGCUAACCGUCCAGCUCCCCAGCAGCGUCACUUCGUAUAACCAGACGGGAUUGAAACCUGGGGAGGAGUACACCAUCAGUAUCAUAUCCCUGAAGGAGCAGGCGAGGAGCCCACCAACAUCGGGCAGUGUUUCAACGGCCAUUGACGGCCCUUCUAACAUCCUGGUUCGAGAUGUUUCUGAUACGGUAGCCUUCGUGGAAUGGACUCCGGCUAGAGCAAAACUGGACUUCAUCCAGCUGCAGUAUGGACCAGUCAAUGGAGAAGGAGAGAAGACCACCUUCCGUCUGCAGCCCCCUUUGAGUCAGUACUCCAUGCAGGUUCUGCGGCCUGGGUCUCAGUACGAGGUGUCAGUGUCUGGAAUCAGAGGUGACAUUCGCAGUGACCCCGUCAAUACCACCUUCACAACAGAGCUUGACGCUCCCAAAAACCUACGUGUUACCUCUCGUGCAUCAUCAACUUUAGAACUGGAGUGGGAUAACAGCGAUGCUGAGGGCGAGGGUUACCUUGUGGUAUUCAGCACCUUAGCCGGAGAUCAGUACCAUGAACUGAGGGUACCACGGAAUGUCGGGCAGACCACAAGAGCCACGCUUACAGAUUUGAUCCCGGGAACAGAAUACGGAAUUGGAAUAUCUGCCAUCCGAGAUAAUCUUCAGAGCGCGCCGGCAACAAUGAAUGCGCGGACUGACUUGGACAACCCAACUGACCUAAUGGUCACAGGCUCAACUGACAAGACCAUUUCCCUAGUCUGGACCAAAGCUCAGGGUCCUAUUGACCAUUACCGCAUUUCUUUCACCCCGUCAUCUGGAAUGGCUUCUGAAAUCACCGUUCCCCCAGAAAUCUCCCAGUACGACCUAACAGAUCUAGACCCAGGAACUGAAUAUACUAUUACAAUUAUUGCAGAAAGGGGGCGACAGCAGAGCCGGGAGACCACUGUGGAUGCCUAUACAGGUUUUCGGCCAAUCACACAACUGUAUUUCUCCGGCAUCUCAGCAUUUAGUGUCAAUGUUUCAUGGACUGAUCCGUCUCCACCAGCUGACCGGUUCAUUCUCAGCUAUACCCCGAUAGGGGGUGAUGAACCCAUAGAACUUUCUCUUGAUGCUUCAACACGCCAAACACAUCUAUCGGACCUGCUGCCAAGCACAGAGUAUCUGGUUACUCUGCUACCCAUCCAUGGGACCUUGAGGGCAGAACUAGUGGAGGGGACAGUAACAACAGGGGUUGGUCCUCCUAUGGACGUAUCAGUGAUAAACGUAACUGAAGACUCAAUGGCAGUGGUUUGGAGACCCCCACCUUCAUCUUUCCACCACUACAGGCUGUCUUACCAGUCUACUAAAGGGAGGAUGGACAGUGUAGUAAUUGCCAAUGACCAGACUCAGUUUACACUAACCAAUCUCCAACCAAGUACUGAGUACAGGAUCAGUCUGAGCAGUGUCUGGGGCCGAGAAGAAAGUGAAAGAGUAAUUGUCACAGCCGAAACAGCCUUGGAUCCUCCAUUUGGCCUGAGGACCAGUAACAUCACUGAUUCGGGAGCCGUUCUGCAGUGGGAGCCACCGAGGGCAGAAGUGGAGAGUUAUAUAAUCACACUGACACACCACACAGUUUCAGGGGAGACAAUUCUCAUCGACGGGGACAGCCAAGAGUUUCAGCUGCAGAACCUCCUGCCUCGUACCCAUUAUUCAGUGUCUCUGGCAGCCAGCGUUGGGCCCCAGGCCAGCCGGAGUGCUGGCAUCAGCUUCACCACAUAUCUGGAUCCCCCUUUAAACUUUACAGCCAGCGAGGUGUCCAGGACAAGUGCUCUAAUAUCAUGGCAGCCUCCUGUGUCUCCUAUUGAAAAUUACAUUCUGACUUACAAAUCUACAAAUGGGUCCAGAAAGGAACUGAUUGUGGAUGCAGAAGACACAUGGAUCCGCCUGGAGGGUCUUCUGGAGAGCACGGAAUACAAUGUCACUAUCCUGUCAGUUCAGGAUGGAGAACGAAGCGCCAUCGUUCAUACAAUGUUCACCACAGGAGGAAGAGUGUUUGCCUACCCACAAGACUGUGCCCAGCAUCUACUAAAUGGAGAUACCCAGAGUGGUGUAUACACCGUUUACAUAAAUGGUGACCAGAGUCAGAGCGUGCCAGUGUUCUGUGACAUGACCACUGAUGACGGAGGAUGGAUUGUUUUUCAAAGGCGUCAGAAUGGACUUACAGAUUUCUUCCGUAAGUGGGCUGACUAUCGAGUCGGUUUUGGGAACCUUGAGGAUGAGUUUUGGUUGGGGCUGGAUACCCUCCACCAGAUAACUUCACAGGGCCGCUAUGAGCUCCGGAUCGACAUGAGAGAUGGACAAGAGUCCGUAUAUGCAUACUACAACAAGUUUUAUGUGGGGGACCCACGAAGCAUGUACAAACUGCGCAUUGGGGACUACAACGGAACGUCAGGGGAUUCCCUUACCUACCACCAGGGGCGCCCCUUCUCUACCAAGGACAGAGAUAACGAUGUUGCUGUAACAAAUUGUGCCUCAUCAUAUAAAGGAGCAUGGUGGUAUAAGAACUGUCACCGUACUAACCUCAACGGCAAAUAUGGAGAGUCAAGACACAGCCAGGGAAUAAACUGGUAUCACUGGAAAGGCCAUGAGUUCUCCAUUCCAUUCGUGGAGAUGAAGAUGAGACCGUACAACCAGCGUACAAUGAAGAAGCGUUCCCUUCACCUCUGAUUUUAGUUGACCCAUCGAUAGACAUAUUUUUCCCCACAUCAGACUAGUGCUGCCCUCCACCACACUAUUGGACCUGCACAGACAUAUAUUCACAAUACUCUUCUCUCCUCCGGUGUGGGCAAUAUAACAUUUUUUUGUGACCUUGGCAACAACUCAACUACUAUUCCAAAAUUUUUAAAGGUAACCUGUGAAGUUAGAAAUGCAGCGCGUACUGUCGGCAUCAAGUUAUAAAGUGUGAAUAGCUGAGCAAAUGAUAAACAUGUUUGUGGGGAAAAACUUGGUAUAACUAAUAAUUUAUUCAGCGAAACUUCUGCUCAUUCUGGGCUUAGGAGUCCAGUGGGUUGUCCUAAUCGGUGAUUGACAGCUUUUCCUGUAUAUGUCACUUAUCACUUAUUAAGGCAACCCACUGGACUCCAAAAUCCAGAACGAGUAGAGGUUUAGAUGAAUAAAUUUUAAGUUAUUAUAUACAAAAGAAGAGAACAAGUGGCACCGAUACCUUUAUGGCCGCAGCUCCUUAAGAUGGACAGUGUGGCACCUAGGCAGGUAACCAGAUACAUCCAGCGGCGGCGGUGCUAGGACAAAAUGAAUAGCGAUCAAUGAUAUGAAUACAUGAGAAAAGACAGGUGUCCUGCACUCACCACAUAAAUGCUGGCUAAUCGGGCUGCUCCUCCGGCACGGUUCUCAAGGUUGCGUGGGGCGCUCAGAGGCGACUGCAGGCGGUUUCAUGCAUAGGUGUGCGCUUCUUCCGGUCUCGUUUCACGUCAUCGCGCUGUGCAAUGAAAUAGUGCAGCUGGGAAGUCAUGUGAUCUCAGGUGCAUUCACACCGGAGGUUAUACUGAAACUUUCCCCAGAAAUCUAUCUAUCAAUCAGCUCAGCUCUUCCUGCUCUAUAACAAGAUGCCUGCAGACUAGAUUGUAUUUUCAAUGUGACAGGUUCCCUUUAAAGGGGUACUCCGCCCCUAGACAUCUUAUCCCCUUUCCAAAGGAUAAGGGAUAAGAUGCCUGAUCACGGGGGUCCCGCCGCUGGGGACCCCUGCGAUCUCCCUUCUGCACCCGGCAUUCAUUUGGAGCGUUGGGUGCAGCGCCGAAGGCUCGUGACUUCAUGGUCACGCCCCCUCAAUGCAAGUCCAUGGGAGGGGGCGUGACAGAUGUCAUGCCCCCCUCCCAUUGACUUGCAUUGAGGGGGAGUGGUCAUGAUUUUACAAGCAGGGCGUGACCGUGACGUCACGAGCCUCCGCAUCGCCAGUCAUCUGGCACAGUUUGCUCCGUGCAACGGAUGUCUGGGGUGCCACAGCCGAGAUCUUUUGGAUAGGGGAUAAGAUGUCUAGGGGCGGAGUACCUUUUAACCACACAUAGAAUUAUUAUCAUGGAUGCAAGAAAGAGUAUUCAACAUUGCGAAUAGCAACUAGAUCUAUGUUUGGCCGGACAAACUGGUCACUGUAGGGUCCUUGUCACCUAUUCAUGGAUUACAUUAUUAGUUUAUAUGAAUAUAGCCAGCUAAUGAUAGGAUAGUUGUAUCACCAAUCGUCACAUAGACUGGUAAUGGUAUGUUGCCUACCACUGUUUCAUUCCAUGCCCCUCACAUUGAUACAUCAUCUUGCGAAGCUUUGAUGUUAUCCAAUGUACCUUUGGCCCUGUACUUUAGAAAUUCUUCAUUGUACAGAACUUUUUCCCCUGUUCUCCAUCAUCAUAUAUUGGAAAUAUUUUGCCACACCACCUCAGCCUUUCAGAGACUUCUCAUUUAUCCAGUACUAACACUUUUUCCCUUGUCCAGACAACUGGCCUCCACCCGGCCAGCUGUCCUUUAUCCUGUCCAUAGGGGCAUGGUGCUGUAUAUUUGUCUAUAUACCUUGCUCUCUACGGAACCUCAGACCCUUUUAACACCCAACAAAACUUUUUUCUGCGGUCAAGAGUUAUUGUCUUGCUAAUGGUUGAUGUGCCAAAUCUCCGGCCCCUAUCUCUUGCACUUCUGAGUAUUUUUGAUUUCUAGAGAUCUCUUUUUAAAGAAUUGCCUGACGUGUGCAAGAGGAGGAGUCUUCCCUCCAGUAUCUCUGAAGACACAGGAGCAACCCAGGAACCCAUAUAUCCUUUCCCAGACUCCAUCUGUGACAGCAUCUGUUAUCUUGGUUAUGUAGGAGACCCAGUACGUCUCGUAUAUUGGCAAAAUUUCAUUAAUAAUUUGCAUUGGCCAAAAAAAGCACAUGAGUGCUUUAUUGCCUUACAGGAUAGUUUGAUGACCACAUGGUUAAUCUUUUUCUUACCGAUACCCAAAUUAAGUUCGUUUUGGUUUUAUUUAUUUAUUUUGGGGGGGAGGGGGGGUUGUUUUAUUUUUUCUUUCUUUUUAAUUUUGCAUCAGAUUUAAUCUGUCUCCUACAUUAGAGCCAGUUCACACACUGAUGCUGGUUCUAUACACUGGAGAUCAUAGUGCUCCGCAAAGGUGCCACUUUCUGUAAAGAUAUAGGAUGCAUUAGGGUAACAGAAGUUUUGGGAGCAGGUGCUAACUGCCAAACAAAAGACUACUGAGAGGUGCCUGCCAAAGGGUUAAUGGCCCAAUAUAAUCUUGUAUCUCUAGUCCUGGAUGCUGUUAGCUGAUGUAUAGAUCCUUUUUUAAUGCAUUUUCUAUACGUUAAUAAAAGAUUCUUAUGGG